AUGGACGUAGCCACAAUCUUGGGAAAGCGAGCUUCAGCUGCUGCCGGCGCAACCGGAUACCCUGAAUGGGAGGUUGUCUUUUGUUGUGCUCGCUAUCCUCGCAAUUCACUCGACGGGAACAAAGUCGGACUAUGGCGAAACAAACAUCUAGGCCACUUGCCUAGGGCCCACCGUCUUUCCUGUCGUUCUUGUCGCAACUGCGAGCAGCGCAAGCGGAGUUAUGGGCUGUGGAAAGCGCAACAUGGAGCCAGACUAGGGACUAUGACAAAAGCCUGUGACGGGUCUAAGAUCAAAUCCCGAACCCACGGGUCAGGAUCCGUCCAAAACCCGCCAGCCCGUGCGGGCUAUGGGUACCCGCUUAUACACACGGGUUCAAGGUUUGAAUCCGUACCCGACCCAUUGCGGGUUUUGCGUUGGCCCGUUACGGGUAAUGCGCAGAUACGCGUCGGUAGCUUUUAUGGACAACAACACUUCUUCAAGCUUGAAUGA